AUGGCUAGUUCGGAAAUGUCCUUAGCUUCUGAGCAUGUGCAACGUCUGCUGCAGUGUGCUGUGUGUUUAGAAAGAUUCAAACAGCCUAAACUUUUGCCAUGCCAGCACACUUUCUGUCUGACCCCUUGUUUAGAGGGACUAGUGGACAGAAGGACGCGGUCAAUCCGAUGCCCAGAAUGCCGUGCUGACCAUUUCGUGCCAAGAAACGGACCGGCGAGCUUUCCUAAUAACCUGACCAUCAUUGGUUUCUUGGAACUUUCCAGUGCAGCUGGAAGGGCUAUCGAGAGCAUGGGAAGAAGCGAGAUGAAUGAUGUAAGGCCAUUGAGAGAGUUUCUGCAGCCUCAGAGAGCGGCCAGUCCCCAGUUUGUCCCGCAAGAUGCGGCUGGAGCAGAAGGCGGCGGCUGUUACGUCUGCCACAAUGAGGGGAGAAUUAUACGUUGCUGUCACUGCGAUCAGUUAGUUUGUGAAGAGUGUCGUCAUGGACAUAUGGAACAGGUUCGAGCUGAUGUUACCAGAAUGAUCAGCCAAGUGCGACGCGGACUUCCCCAGAUGACUGAAUUCAUCAUCGCCAUUGGCAGAAAGGGGACACAAUUGCAAAACAAUUGUGAACGUGUUAAAGGCGACAUUUCAGACGCUUUAGAAAAGCAUAUCAGAGAACUUAAAGCCAGAGAAAGGGCUUUGCGAGAGGAGGUGGACACAUUUCUGGCCGGAGAGCUAAGAAACUUAAGAACCCAUCAAGAAAAUGCAGAAGUGGAGAUCGCGAGCCUAGCCAGCUUCUGUGAUUCCGCAGAGUCAGUGUUAAGUAUGAGUCGUCCUAUCCCUGAUGGAGAUUUAGUAGAAAUGAAAGGUCAGUGCCAGGAGCAUUUGGAGACCGUUUAUUGUUACGAAGACGGUACCAUAAGACCACCAGCUCUGAAACACAUUCAAGCCACCCUGGAAAGUCCGUUUUUAUCAUCGACGAUCAGCAACUUUGGGGACUUAAUUAUCACGUCCAGGUUACCACAGGCACAAAGCCAAGAUCUGUCUGACGAUCCACUUCGAAGAACUACUGUCAUGAGCAGAGAAUGGACACUUGUAUCUCCUCAGGCGGAGCAGCUAGGCGGCCGACAGGGGACUUCGUUACAAGUAUCUCCGCAGAUGGAGCAGCUAGGCAGCCGACAGGGGACUUCGUUACAAGCUGAAUUAAGAGCAUCUUCUAUUUCACCAAAUGCAGCAAGAAGACAGUUGUCCCCUGCCUCGGCUGGAAGAGCAUCACAGGUUCGAUUUGACGAUGCAGAACCUGCAGUGGACAACUCAAGGACUGGAGUCCCUUUACAAAGCUCAAACUUGCACAGAAGAAGCAGGCAGGAGCGACGGUCUGACACCGUACUGGCACGCAUUAGUGGAUCCAGAUCUCUAGACACAUCACAACAGGCACGGGACAGAACCCGCCACCUCAGUCUCGGGGCUCUACCAGCUGCCACAGAAUAUUUUGAGGAAGAAAGUCCAGAGCCAGAAGCACACUUUCCAGGUAUACCUGUAACAAGCAGGCAAGAAAACAGAAGUGACACCAAUACAGGACUUUCCGCAACAUAUCCUGGCGCUCGAUCUAACGAUUUUCUUCCUCCAUCUUUGCGUUUCAGUCUUGCCACUUCUGAAUCGGAUGAAACUAGUAACGAUUCUACAAAUGGCUUAUUGUCAUUUUCCAACAGCAAUAAUCCUAGCAUUUAUGUAAACACCCCGCGCAACAAAUACAACCAGAAGGGUACAGCGGUGCUUCGAUUUGGACAGAGGGGCAGUGGUGCUGUAGAAUUUACUUGGCCCAGGGGUGUGGCCGUGUCUCCUUUGGAAGACAAAAUCUACGUUGCGGAUAGCAGCAAUCACCGAGUUCAAGUGUUUGAUAACACAGGCAGAUUUCACAAAUCAUUUGGAACUUACGGCCAGGGAGAUGGGGAAUUUGAUUGUCUGGCUGGUAUCGCGAUAAAUGGAUUGGGGCAGGUGAUCAUCGCAGACAGAUACAACCACAGAGUUCAGAUUUUUGAUAGAAAUGGAAAUUUCCAGAAUGCCUUUGGGAGCGAAGGUUCAGCCGAAGGCCAGUUGAACUACCCGUGGGGUGUUGCCUGUGAUAACAUGGGUUUUAUAUACGUCUGCGACAAAGAAAAUCAUCGCGUCCAAGUUUUCCAAUCUAAUGGGACAUUUGUCCGCAUGUUUGGUCAGUUUGGUAACAGAACUGGACAGUUUGAAAACCCACAUUAUAUCGCUGUUAGUCCGGACAAUAAAGUCUAUGUCAGUGACAGCAGCAACCACAGAAUCCAGGUUUUUAGCAUGUAUGGAGACUUUCUAUUCAGCUUUGGAACUUGUGGCGUCCUCCGUGGACAGAUGAAGUUUCCCAGAGGCAUCGCAGUUGACAAUCAAGGUUUCGUCGUUGUUGCAGACAGUGGCAACAAUCGGAUACAGAUAUUUCGAGCGGACGGCCGUUUUUAUUCCAUGUUUGGCAGCUGGGGCAGCGAAAAUGGCCACUUCAAAGGUUUGGAGGGACUGGCACUAUUAGCCAAUGGGAACGUAGUUGUCAGCGACCGAGAAAACCAUCGCAUUCAAAUAUUUUAA